AGAUCCGCGCCCGGCAGCGGCCGCCGUGAGGGGCCCGCCCGUCAUGGAGGGGCCGCGCCCGGCGCUGCCGCUGCUGCCGCUGCUGCUGCUGCUGCUGCUCGCGCUCCGCGCCGCCGCACAGGGGCAGCAGGCGGAGAACGGCAACAAUUCCCCAACCAACGGGGCACCGCAGCAGCCUGAAGCGGGAGCGGGAGCGGCAGGAGGAGGCGGCCAGGGGCACGGAGGGAACGGGCAGGCGGGAGCAUCCACACCCAGCGACAAGGAGCAAGAGAAUGCGGCCAACGCAGACACAGGGCAGCAAUCCCAGCCCAAAACGGACACGACCAGCGGAACAGAGACAAAUGAGAACCAGAAGACCAAUGAACACCAGAACACAAAUGUACCUGGACAGGGCAGCAAUGAAGAGGAGAAGAAGAAGAAGGAGGAAACUGAGUCACAGAACAAUCCAGGCCAAGGCAACGGCGUGGGGAAUGCCCAGGGUAGCACAGGCACCAGUGGGACUGGUGGAGGCAACGGUGGAGGUGGAGAGGGACAGAGCAACGGAGACCAAGACGGCAGCACUGGCAACCAGGCCAGCAGCUCAGGCACCAGCAACCAGGGUGACGGCACCCAGACCCAGAGCAGCAAUACCCCCACCCAGAGCAACGGACAGCAGAACCAGCAGAACAACGACAACAGCAAUGGCGAGAACACUGGCCAGAAUGGUGGCAACAACAACAACCAAGAUGACAACAGGCAGGAAGGUCCCAAGAAGGAGAACAGCAGCCAGGACAGCAGUAACAAGAACGGGGCUGAUGCCCAAGCUGAGAAUGGCAAGAGCGAGGACAACAACAAGAGCAGCGAAAAAACAAAUGGGGACAAUACCCAGAGCAGCAACAAGGACCAGAGCACCAACCAGGGCAGCAGUGACGGGAACAAGGAUGGGGGCACCAACCCCACAAACAAGAACACCAACCAGGGCAGCAGUGACGGGAACAAGGAUGGGGGCACCAACCCCACAAACAAGAACACCAACCAGGGCAGCAGUGACAAGCAGCAGGCCCAGAGCCAGGGCAGUGCUGGUGAGAACCAGAGCAAUGCUGGUGACACCCAUGGCAGCGAUGGUGCCAAGCAGCCCAGCAGCCAGGACAAUCAGAACUCCCAGGUGGACCAAAAAAACCGCCCCUCACAGUCAUCUUCCUCCACUGCGGACGGCGAUGGCUUUCUGGGCAAUGAAGAGACCCCCGAAGAGGAAGACACUGAGACUGAGGAGGGCAGGGACACCUCCUUUGAUCGGGAGAGAGGCAAGAGUGUUCCCUCCGUGCCCAGGGCCCGCUCAGAGAGCAGCCACUUCUUUGCCUACCUGGUGACCACGGCCGUCAUCGUGGCCGCCCUGUACGUGGCCUAUCACAACAAACGGAAGAUCAUUGCUUUUGCCCUGGAAGGAAAAAGAUCAAAAACUGGUCGACGGCCCAAAUCUGGUGAUUACCAGAGACUGGAUCAAAAGAUCUAGGUUCCUCCUUGGACAUUCAAUGGGAUGACAACAGCCAGCGAUGGGAAUGCUGUGUUGCCACGGUCAGAUUUCAAUCCUCAGGAAGGAGGGGAAACAUUUUUUGUUUUGCACCUGCACCUUGAUAAAGCCUCUCACUUUCCUAAAUUUCUCCUUUCCCAGCUGCCUUGUUUUCCCCUUGGGCAUCUGGCUGCAGGAAAAGCCAGUCCCAGCAUUCCCAGAACUUGUGUCCCAAUGCAAUGGAAUUUGCCAUCUGCUGGACUGACCCCUCCUCUUGGGGAGGAAAUUAAGGAUCUGCUGCACAAAGAGCCGUGGGAUUGUCCCCUUGCCUGGGCAUGGAGCUGCUGUGGUCACCUCCUCCUGCUCCGUCCGUUGGGUUUGGAUGCUCAGGUUGGGAGCGUGGUGAUUGCACUUACUUGGAGUUGACCCACCACGGGCCCAGAUUUGGGGUUUCUCUCCCUGAUUGAGACAGUUUUCCAGUUUCACAGCUAGAUUCCCUUUUUCACGCACACCUUUGGCUGUUCUGGGGUAGUUUUUGGGGUGUAGCUCUAACGCUUCAUGCUCCACGUGGGUGUUUUUCCUCGCAGUCCUCCCAGCUGAGCUGUUUGCACUGGAGGUGCAGGUUGUGGUGUGGUGCUGUGCAGGAGGGGGUCAGGCUGGGAAAGCUCCAUGCCCAGUCAGUGUUGCUGUAGCAGGAGCCACCUGGGGAGACUGUGAUUGUUUCCUCUCCCUCGUCAAACAUAGGAAGGAGGGAACCUAAAUACCUGAGAAGUUUGGGAUGAGUGAAGCUUGCAGUCCCUCAGCCUGCUCUCCUGGUUGUGUUGGACUGGUACUGGUUGGAUUGAGGGCUGCCAGAGGUGUCGGUUCCCCAGUCACACCUGUGAGGUGGGUUUUAUUCCUGCAGUUCUGCUCCCAGGAGGUUUGUUGAAGCUGGGACGUUUCUGGAGAGGGCACAAAGUGCCUGCCUGGCUUUUGCUUUGAAUUUUUGCAAUUAGGCAGAAAAAAUUGGAUUUGAGGAAUUCAAAGCUCCUCACAUGGGUCCCCACCUGCGCCUGGAGCCGAUGCCAGUCGUGUGCCAGUCCCCUACUUGCUCACUGACUGCACAGGAAGAAUCCCAGGGGGUUAACUUCCGUCCUGGGGGGGAUGGGAAUGGCCUUUUUCUGGCCUUCCCAGGGUUGGGAACAAUUAGUUACCUGCCCUUUGGUCAGCUUGGACAAGGGCAAAGCCUUUUCCUGGUCGCUGUGAAAGCUGCAGCUCUAGUUUGGAUUUUACUAAUGGCUCAUUCCAAGGCGGGAGAGGGGGCUUGACCCUCUCCACACCCAAAAAUCCUCCUCCAUUCCCUUUUUGACAAGCACAAGGGGUGGAGGAGAGUCCUCUUGGCUUUAAAGAGCUCUCAGGGUUUCCCUGGGAAACUUCUCAGAUGCUAAAAGUACUUCAGGAGCUGUUUGGGAGAACGGGAGGGGGAGGUGGAGGGAAGGGAAAGGGAAACAGGGCUGGGAAUGUAACCCUUGGGGAGAAGGGUGGGAACUCCUGCACCAAGCCUCCCUGCUCCAGGGAUCCCGUGGGAUCAGCCAGGCUCACUGGGGGUCUCAUUUAGGGCAGGGUGUGGGGAGGGGGCACUGACUGUUGGCUGGUGACAGCAGGGGGACAAACUCUAUUCCAACGUGUGGAAUUCCGUGGGUUCCCGGGCUGCUCCAGCCAGGAUUUUUGGAGUGUGUGUGCUUUUUGGAGUGUGUGUGCUCUAUGCCUGCUUUGUCCUUUUUUUUUUUGUAAAUUGAGUAAUAAUUUAGAAAGGGUUUUUUUUUUCACCAUCUACUCACUGUUCUAUCCUGGGAGCUGUUUCAAAUCCUCUCUUGCUCCAGGCUGUGGGAAUCCCACCCUAGUGCCAGCAGGGGAGGGAAUAUUUUGGACCUCAAACACCGUGAUCCCAGGCUGGACUGAGCAUGAGCUCGUUAGGGUAAUGAGGAUGUACCUCCCAGCCCCAGGAAGCACCAAAAUCUCCCCCCUCAGCAAUUCCCAGGGCCAGCGUGUUGUACCAACAGCUCAGGCUGUCCAAACCCUCUGGGAAUCGCUCCCAGUUUGUUGAGUUUUAUGGUAUUUAAUUUAUGCAAACAUCCCAAAGGAUCAAGGUACACAGAACCUUUUCCCUUUGGACACACACAUUUUCCAUGGGUGGUGUCUGUUGGUACAGAGGGUUUUAUUUUUUGCCAAAUAUUUCUGCUUUUUAGGCUUGAACCAGCACAUGAUUUGUUUUCUGCUGCAGUGAAAUGCACCUUGCUUGGAAGGAUCAGAAUUUUUAUAGUUCUUUGUACUGGUUUUUGAUUUUCUGUGUGGUGAAGUCAAUAAAUGGAUUAAAAAAGACCCAAAA